AUGACUGAGAGACCAGGACGUAGGUUUCAUAACCUGACAAUUGAACAAGUUCUUACUUUAGACCAGGUCCUAACGGAGGUGAUACCCAUUCACGGGAGAGGCAACUUCCCAACACUGCAGGUGAAACCCAAGGACAUCAUCCAUGUGGUAAAAGAGCGACUGGUUGAAAAGGAGAUAACUGUUCGUGACAUCCGUCUCAAUGGCUCGACUGCAAGUCACAUCCUGGUCAAUGAGAAUGGAACCAGCUAUAAGGAUCUGGACAUUAUUUUUGGAGUGGAGCUCCCCAAGCAAGAGGACUUCCAGAUUGUGAAGGAGGUAGUCCUUGAUUGCUUGCUAGACUUCUUGCCCAAGUGCGUCAACAAGGACAAAAUCACUGCACUCACCAUGAAGGAUGCAUAUGUUCAGAAGAUGGUUAAGGUCUCCACCGAGCAUGACCGCUGGAGCCUCAUCUCGCUCUCCAACAACAGUGGGAAAAAUGUGGAACUCAAGUUCGUCAACUCAAUGCGGCGCCAGUUUGAGUUCAGCGUGGACUCCUUUCAGAUUAUCCUGGACCAUAUACUGGAGUCUUACCAGGACUCUGAAAAAGAAAUGGCAAACAAGGAAUUGCCAUCCCUGACUGUGGUGGCCGAGAGCAUGUAUGGAGAUUUUGAGCAGGCCAUGGACCACCUGCGCUACCGGCUGAUUGCAACCAGGAACCCAGAGGAGAUUCGUGGUGGUGGGCUCCUUAAGUACAGCAACUUGCUGGUCAGGGAGUUCAAGCCAGCCUGUGAGACAGAGCUCAAAACCCUAGAGCGCUACAUGUGUUCACGCUUCUUCAUCGACUUUUCGGAUGUCAACGAGCAGCAGCGUAAGAUCGAGUCUUACCUGCGCAACCAUUUCAUUGGCGAGGAGAAGAGCAAGUAUGACUACCUGAUGACCCUGCGUAGGGUGAUCGAUGAGAGCACUGUCUGUCUAAUGGGCCAUGAGCGGCGCCAGACUCUCAACAUGAUCACUAUCCUGGCUCUAAAGGUCCUUGGCGAGCAGAACAUCAUCCCCAACACAACCAAUGUGACCUGCUAUUACCAACCAGCGCCCUACAUGAGUGACCACAACUUCAGCAACUACUACAUUGCUCAUGGGCAGCCGCCAAUCAUCUACCACCCCUACCCACUGCACAUCCACAUGCAGACUGGUCUGGUGUAGCAAAAGGUGGGAGUAGUAAUAAAGAUAGAGGGAAAUCAAAUUCAAAUAAAGGGUGUGAAUGAAAAUAUUUCAGGUUGAAAUCUUAACAAUUGGUCAAUGAUGCACCGCCUACGUGCAGAGUCCCUUAUCUCAAAAAGCUCCAGAUAACUCUUGCUGGCUCUCACUGCAGGCAUAGAGCCCAGUGACCUGCGGAAAGUUCUCUGGUAAGGCUAGGCAUCACAGAAAUCAGUGCAGUGGAUCAUCUAGAAGGCGAGGUUACCUGGCUGAUCUAGUUGAAAAUAUGAAUCUAAUUAUACUGGGUCAAUGCAGGU